UUGCAACCUCUCUGUCAAGACAUAAUGUAUGCCUAUGUUACUGGGUCAUCAGCAAGAAGUGUUAGUGUCCAUGUCAAACAACAAGCCACAAUACAGGCUUUGCUGCCCCAGUAAAUUACCAGAACAUGUCUCCAUGAAGAAAAACAAACAUUUAACAAGUUGAAAUGUGAGAUAAUCAUGUGAAAAACAAGACUUGGUUCCUCUAGCUUGAAAGGAACAAGAGUAACUGUUUAACUACGUCUUGAGAAAUGUUUCCAGUAGGUGGCAGUAUAGCGGUCUGAGAAAGGACUUCCUGGAGAGAGACAGAUGCCUCUGGAUACCUCAAAAAUAACCUUAGUGCUAAAUCAGGGGUGUAGAAUUUGUGGGGACAAGGGGGUCAUUACCCCCCAAUAUUACAGACAAGUCAAUGUGACCCCCCCUAAAAAAGAAAAUCCUGGGAUCCAUUGUCCUUCACCCCCACAAUAAUUAAUACAAAACUACACUGAUGUGCUAAACUCUUGUUUUCUUAUGCUGCAGUGCCACCAGUCGUCUUGUGCAAUAUCUUAAAGAGGAAGUAAAGUAGUUCUUUCCACUCCUACUUGUAAUCCGUCAACUUGUAAAACAUAUGUGCCAACCACACGUCUUGUAUUCUCAUGGUCAGUUGGUCGUCUGAGAAGAACUCAACCUUUUGCCAUGCAGAACGAGGGAUACAACAAUGGUCUUGAAAACAGCAGGAGGUCUGUUGGUGGCUUUUCUCUGGUCUGUGAAAGGUGUUCAUUGUAGAAACUGUUUAAAUGAAACAUAUGCCCAUCAGAGUAUCUGUGCCUUGAAGGGCUCAACAGUGGAUUUGCCAUGCAAAUAUUUACAUCUAGAUAAUGAUACAGUGUCAGACUCAAACUUGUAUAUCCAAGGAAAACGUGAUGAGGCGCCAACAAACCUGAGUUCAUUGCCAGAGUAUUCAGGUCGUGUGAAGUACCUUGGAAAUAAUGUGAGUGACUGUACCCUGAGAAUCACAGACCUGAGAGAGACUGACUCAGCUGAGUACAAGUUCAGAUUUAAAACACAGAACGGAGAGUGGGGGUACAGUUUCCCUGGAACAAAUCUGACUGUCACAGACCUGCAGGUGAAGGUGACUCCUGGCACAGGGGGAAAUCACACUAAAACUCUGACCUGUUCCACCAGCUGUAAUCUGACUGACAACUCCAACCUCACCUACGUCUGGUACAUGAACGGACAACGUCUUGAUAAACCCGUUUCCCAUCAACACUCUGUCAAGGAAUAUUACAUCAACAGUUACUCCUGUUCUUUACUGAAUCUCCGCUCUGCUGUGGUGUGUGUUGUGGGUCAGAGCUGCAUGAAUGUCAGUUACACCCGUCAAAGUGUCUGUGCCUUGAAGGGCUCCACAGUGAACAUCUCCUGCACGUUCAGUCAUCUGAAGAAGCUUAAUGCCACAGAAGAAGCCUGGUUCAACAAAUGGGACUCUGGAGUAAUUAUAGACUUGAACCAGGACCCAGAGUAUGCAGGUCGGGUGGAGUACCAUCGAACUACAGACAAGGACUCCACCCUGACAGUUACAGACCUGAGAGAGACUGACUCUGCUGAGUACAAGUUCAGAUUUACAACAAACAAAGUAACAUGGGGCUACAGCUUCCCUGGGACAACUCUGACUGUUACUGACCUGCAGGUAAGGGUGACUCCUGGCACAGGGGGAAAAACUCUGACCUGUUCCACCAGCUGUAAUCUGACUGACAACUCCAACCUCACCUACGUCUGGUACAAGAACGGACAACGUCUUGAUGAACCCGUUUCCCGUCAACACUCUGUCAAGGAAUAUUACACAGACAGUUACUCCUGUUCUUUAUUGAAUCUCCGCUCUGCUGUGGCGUGUGUUGUGGGUCAGAGCUGCAUGAAUGUCAGUUACACCCAUCAAAGUGUCUGUGCCUUGAAGGGCUCCACAGUGAACAUCUCCUGCACGUUCAGUCACCCGAACAGUCAAAAUGUCACAGACAAAACCUGGUUCAACAAAUGGGACUCUGGAGUAAUUCAUGACUUGAUCCAGAACCCAGAGUUUGCAGGUCGGGUGGAGUACCAUCGAACUACAGACAAGGACUCCACCCUGACUGUUACAGACCUGAGAGAGAGUGACUCUGCUGAGUACAAGUUCAGAUUUACAUCAAACAAAGUAACAUGGGGCUACAGCUUCCCUGGGACAACUCUGACUGUUACUGACCUUCAGGUGAAAGUGACUCCUGCCACUAAGGAAGGGAAUGUGACUCUGACCUGUAGCACCUCCUGUCCUCUGACUGACCACACCACCUACAUCUGGCACCAAAACGGACAAGGUGUCACGAAUGAACACAACAACGUCCUUCACCUGGGACUCACCACAGAGGAUGUGGGCUACUCCUGUGCUGUUAAAGGUCAUGAGGACCUCCGUUCUCAGACCAUCACUGUCAGAUAUGAAGCAGUGUUUCCCUGGGUUCCCGUGGUUACAGUGGGGGCCGUCCUCACUGUUGCAGUUCUUCUAGUCACCAUCUAUUGUACCAUGAGGAGGAGAUCUUCAGGAGGAAGUGAUGCUAAAACAGACCCACAGAGUGUCCAUCCAGACGCUAUGGGUGACACGCGAACUGCUCUGAACCUGACCACUCUGUCUCCUGACUAUGACACACUGGGUAGUGUCCAUCCUGAUACUAACAGUGACACGUACUCAGUUCUGAACAUGAAGACCAGGUCACCUGACUACGACACUCUGGAUAGUGUCCAUCCUGAUACUAACAGUAACACGUACUCAUCUCUGAACAUGAAGAUCAGGUCACCUGACUACGACACUCUGGAUUGUGUGAGGGACUCGCACAAUGACAAUGACGGUCAGAAAAACUUGGAUUAUGAGAACUUUGGAGAACCACCACAGAACCUGGACUGAAGAGAACCACCACAGAACCUGGACUGAAGAGAACCACCACAGAACUUGGACUGAAGAGAACCACCACAGAACUUGGACUGAAGAGAACCACCACAGAACCUGGACUUCCAGAACCAAGUGAUACAGAUUUGUUAAAUAAUUGCUAUCAGGCGAUAAAGGCUCAGGGAACCGACUGAGGGGCUGGUCCACGUAAUCCUCACUAGAACUGGGCCAUUAUGUCACCAAAUACCUACCCAGAGUGAUGCACUAACUCAGGGAUACAAGUUUUUUCAUCUACAAUUCAGAAGCAUUGUGGAGUUUGAGUAAUAUCAAAAUAUUCUUAUUUUAUAUAAUAUAGUAAUGUGUUAUAUCUGAUGCAUAGCUCAUGCAGUCUUAUGUUGCAGUGGCACUAGUUGUCUUGCUAAGUUAUAUUAAAGAGGAAGUAAAACUGUUCAGACAGCAGCUACUUGUAAUCUGUCAACUCAUAAUUCAUAUCUACCAACAACACAUUUAAACUUGUUUCCUCAUCACCAGCCAGUCAUAACGCAAAUCAGCAUUGUUUUAUUUAGAGAGAGACAGAUGCAAAAAUGGUCUUCAGAACAACACAAAAUGUGCUGGUGUUUGUUCUCUGGUCAGUAACUGUGGCAAAAGACUGUGGCCAGAAAACCCAGGUGGUGGUGUCACCAAUUGUUUUCAAGAGGGGAGAGAAUGUAACACUGACCUGUGUCACCAACUGUACUCUGACCAACGCUACCUACAUCUGGUACAGAAACGGUCAACGUCUCGAUGAGCCUACUUCCAGGCAACUCUCAGUAAUAAGUUAUUAUACAUCCAGUUUCUCUUGUUCUGUGAAAGACCAUGAUGAUCUCCAAUCUCCUACAAUGUGUGUUCUGGGUAGACAAUGUUUCAACGUGACUUAUACCCGUCAGAGUAUCUGUGCCUUGAAGGGCUCAGUGGUGGAUCUUCCCUGCAAGUAUCAAUAUCCAAAUAAUAAAAAAUUAUCUUGGUCAAACUGGUAUAUCCAAGAGAAACAUGAUGAGGCGCCAACUAACCUGGGUUCAUUGCCAGAGUAUUCAGGUCGUGUGAAGUACCUUGGAGAUAAUGUGAGUAACUGUACCCUGAGAAUCACAGACCUGAGAGAGACUGACUCAGCUGAGUACAAGUUCAGAAUUAAAACUAGGAAUACAGUGUGGUGGUACAGCUUCCCUGGAAUAACUCUGACUGUUACAGACCUGCAGGUGAAGGUGACUCCUGGAAAACGGAAAACUAAAACUUUGACCUGUAGCACAUCCUGUCCUCUAACUGACAACUCCAACCUCACAUAUGUCUGGUACAAAAACGGACAACAUCUCACCCACCAAAAGACUGUGACUAGUUACCUGAUCCUCGACCCUGACAGCACUGAGGAUAGAGGUAGAUACUCCUGUUCUGUAAAAGGCCUUACGGAUCUCGGCUCCCCUAAAUUAUCUGUAUGGGAACAAUCAGUUACAACUGGUACAGUUGUAGGAAUCACAUUAGUUGUUGUGAUUCUAAUUCUCCUUCUCUUUGGCUUCAUUUGGUUCAGGAAGAAGGCCUCCAAAUCCACCUCUGUCAGGCAAGACAAAGCAGUGAUUGGACAGAGUGUGAGAAACUCCCAGAAUGACGAAGACCGUCAGAAAAUCUCGGAUUAUGAGAACUGUGGAGAACCACCACGGAACCUGGACUG